AUGAGUAAUGAAAGACCAAAAACUAAACAAAUGCCCAAACAAAAGUUUGGGUUUUCAAAACCAGAAUAUAUCCCAACAACAGUUGGUGAAGCAAUAAAAUUAGAAUCACAAGAACCAUCAUUAAAUCUAAUUGUACAAUUUAAAAAUAAAGAUAGUGAAAAUGAUACAACUGGUCCACCAAUCAAUAUAUCACAAAAUGUUACAACUGAACAAUUACAAAUGCUUAUUAAUAGUUUAUUAAAUAAUGAUGAACAAUUACCAUACUCAUUUUUUGUUAAUGAUCAAGAGAUUACAAAUAAUUUAAAGAAUCAUUUAGAAGGAUUAUCAGAUGAAACAACAUUAAGUAUUUAUUAUCAACCACAAGCAGUAUUUCGUGUUAGACCAGUUACAAGAUGUGCAAGUUCAAUGUCAGGUCAUACAGAGGCAGUAUUGAAUUGUGCAUUCAGUCCAGAUGGUAAAGGAUUUGUAUCGGUUGGUGGUGAUACAACCGUUAGAAUUUGGGAUAUCUAUACAAGUACACCAACCCAUACAUUAAAAGGUCAUACAAAUUGGGUACUUCAAGUAGCUUGGUCACCAGAUAGUAAAAAGAUUGCAACUGCCGGUAUGGAAGGUGACAUCAGAAUUUGGUGUCCACAAACUGGUAAACAAUUAGGUUCAACUUUAAAAGGUCAUACUAAAUUUAUAACCGGUUUAUCAUGGGAACCAUUUCAUUUAAAUCCAAAAUGUGUUAGAUUAGCAUCAUCAUCUAAAGAUUCAACAAUUAGAAUUUGGGAUACAGAAUCUUGUAAAAAUUUAAUGUCAUUAUCAGGUCAUACAAUGUCAGUUACAUGUUUGAAAUGGGGUGGAGAGGGAUUGAUUUAUUCUGGAUCACAAGAUAGAACUGUUAGAGUUUUUAAUACAACCGAUGGUAGAUUAGUUAGAGUAUUGGAUGGUCAUGCACAUUGGGUUAAUACAUUGGCAUUGAAUACAGAUUACGUUUUGAGAACAGGAUCAUACGAUCAUACAGGUAAAGAAUAUGAUACAUUGGAAGAAGCACAAAGAGUUGCAUUGGAGCGUUAUAAUGAUGUAAAGGCAAAGAGCAAAGGAAUGGAGAUAUUAAUUAGUGGUUCCGAUGAUUUCACCGUUAUCAUGUGGAAUCCAUCAGUUACUAAAACUUCAAUCUCUCGUUUAACAGGUCAUCAGCAAUUAAUCAAUUUGGUUAGUUUUUCACCAGAUGGUCGUUAUUUCGCAAGUGCUUCAUUCGAUAAGUCAAUUAAACUUUGGGAUGGCCAAUCUGGUAAAUUUUUGGGUAAUUUCAGAGGUCAUGUUGGUGCUGUAUAUCAAGUUUGUUGGUCUUCUGAUAGUAGAUAUUUAGUUAGUGGUAGUAAAGAUAGUACUUUGAAAAUUUGGGAUAUUAAAACUAAAAAAAUGGAAAAAGAAUUACCUGGUCAUGCUGAUGAAGUUUAUACUGUUGAUUGGUCCCCUGAUGGUGAUAGAGUUGCUUCUGGUUCAAAAGAUCGUUUAUUAAGAAUUUGGACUGUCUAA